UCCCUUCCCACCCUGAUAGGAGGGGCAACAGGGGGAGGGGCGGAGCAGCAGGAGGACACAGCCCCCGCCCCUCCCAUCCACGUACCUCAUCGGCACCUACGUAUCUCCAAGAGCUCCUAAUAUGGUAUCAUACGUCACUGCCUGCGCCUCGGAUUUAAGGAGGACAACCCCGCCCAGCCCGAGCCAUAAGCCGGGAGGCAGCGACACAGGAGCGGGGAGCGCUGCGGGAUCCUGACCGCCUGGAGCCUCUGUCCCGGGGGCAGACAGCUGGGGGCGUUUCCCUUCGGUGUUGCUGACCUGCCCAGCUGAGCGGGGCUGCAGCCGCGGGACCCUCUCCCCGAGCCUGGCGGCUCCCGGCGGGGCAGCCCGUCCCCUCGCUGCUCCCUCUGCCUGCCCGCCGGGUUCGCUCUGAGCCCGCUCCCCGGGGGGGGCUCUGGCUCCAGGGGACACGAGCCUGGGCGAGCUGCAAGCCGGGCUCCAGGCGCCGGCUGCCCGCGGAGCGAUCGGGGGCUGGGGGUCUCCGCCAGCAGAUCUGCUGGAGAGUCUGGAGAAGGGACAGGGAGCCAGGGGCAGGCCCUCUGCCUCGGCUUUGCUGCUGCCAAAUCGGACCCACUCAGGCCGAGAGGAGCCGACCCCAGCCCAGCACCUGCAGCAGCGUCUGUGGCCCGAGUGUCGCUGAGAGAGACGAUGGGGCCAGCAGCUGGGGCUGCUGAGAGCGAAGAGCCGCUGCAGGAGUUGUGUGUUAACGGCAAUGGACACCGGGAGACUGGAGGGAACCCAGACCCUCCUUGUAACUGCCAGAAAAGUCUGACCUGUGGAGUUGUGGUUGCACUGAUAGUUGUAUCCUCUGCUUUGAUCGCUGCCAUCAUUGCUCUGGCAGUGCUGGCGUCUAAGCUUUCAUCAGCUGAUCUGUGCCCCCCUGCUAGACCCUCGUGCCCGGACGGCUGGAUGGGGUACCGAGGGAAAUGCUACUAUUUCUCAGAGACGGAAGGGAGCUGGACCGACAGCCAGAGCCAGUGCUCUGCACAGGGGGCCUCCCUGGCUGGGAUCGACAGCGAGCAGGAAAUGGCGUUCCUGCUGCGCCAUAAGGAUUUUCGUGACCACUGGAUCGGCCUCCGGAGGGAGCAGGGUCAGGCCUGGAAAUGGGCCAACGGCACCGAAUUCAAGGACCUGUUUCAGAUAAGAGGAGGAGGUGACUGCGCGUAUCUGAACGACGAGAAAGGGGUCAGCAGCUCACGGUGCUACAUGGAAAGACGGUGGAUCUGUAGCAAACCUGAGGUGUAUGUGAUGGGAAAAGAGACUGCACUGGAAGGGGGCUCGAAAUGAGACUCCUAGAAAUGACACUGAUCCAACUCACACCUACUUGAACAAGCCAAGUCCCCAUUCGUCAGCCUGGCCAGGAUCUCAAAACCAGGCAGCGGGGCCCUCAAGCAAUAAGUGUGUCUCGUUUAAACUGUGGAUUCUUCGUAUGUGCCUUUUGCUUUUGAGCCUUUAAACUCAGGGUCACAUUGUCCAGCUUUUCUCUGCAGCUGAGAGGGAGUGAUCUCAUGAGAAGGAGACUCAGCCACACGCUGGGGAAAUGAGAGAAGGGAAGGCCUUGUUCGCUUAGACUCCAGAACAGCAUUUCUCAAAUGCAGCCACCAGCUGAUUGGUUUGCAGCCACAAGAGCCUCCAAAGUGCCCCAAGAAUCGCUGAGAUGUUAAGUAUUAAAGGUGCCUUCUAAAUGCCAUAAAUCCCAAUGCGCGCUCCCUUUUAAAUAGUACCAUGCCGGCAGAGCUGAGCUACAUGGGUGUGGUUUUCUUUCAAGUCACAAAGUGUAUUCUUUGGCUAAGAACAUAAGAACGGCCAGACUGGGUCAGAGCAAAGGUCCAUCCAGCCCAGUAUCCUGUCUGCCGACAGCGGCCAACGCCAGGUGCCCCAGAGGGAGUGAACCUAACAGGCAAUGAUCAAGUGAUCUCUCUCCUGCCAUCCAUCUCCACCCUCUGACAAACAGAGGCUAGGGACACCAUUCCUUACCCAUCCUGGCUAAUAGCCAUUCAUGGACUUAACCUCCAUGAAUUUAUCCAGUUCUCUUUUAAACCCUGUUAUAGUCCUAGCCUUCACAACCUCCUCAGGCAAGGAGUUCCAGAGGUUGACUGUGCGCUGUGUGAAGAAGAACUUCCUUUUAUUUGUUUUAAACCUGGUGCCCAUUAAUUUCAUUUGGUGGCCCCUAGUUCUUGUGUUAUGGGAACAAGUAAAUAGCUUUUCCUUAGUCACUUUCUCCGCACCACUCAUGAUUUUAUAGACCGCUAACCACUGUGUUUACAUCUCAUGUUACUGUAGCUCUGUAAGUGGCUAUGGGCCAUCUCAUUGCGUGGUGUUUGGGUAGGUUGCAAUUGUUCAUGGGCGGGGAGGUGAAAGUUAAAAAUGUGACUGGGUAUCAGAAAGUAUUUCAAAUAAUCUAGUGCCAGAAAAUGUCCUUGAAUGUGACAGCAGGUGACUCCUCUGGGACCUUCUGCGAAGAAAAGCAAAACAUAGAAAGAAAAAGGAACACUUCAGCACCAGGGGGAAAGGCAGUUUCCUGUGUUUCUGAAGCCACCCGAUUCUGUUUCUGAGCAAGUUGCAGUGUGAGAGAGAAAUUCAUCAAAUUGAAAUGUAUGUCGUGCAACAUCCCUACAGCACUCGUGCAAGGGAAGUUGAACCAAAUUACCACAGUGAGUUUCAGAGGCGCAAGCUGUUAAAUGAUGCAAAAACCAAGCUGAAAAGACAACAGCAAUGGCUCAGAUUUUGUUGUUACUAUUAUCAUUAUUAUUACUGGGCUAGGUUGAUCGGGUUUUUUUGUCUGUGAAAGAAAUUUUGGACGCAUUGGCAGAUACAUUCUCUCAUUAUUAUUUGGACUUCUCUUAUGUAAAGCAUUUUUAAAUUUAGUUCAGAAUUGUUGUACAGCCGUCCACCUUUGACCAAAAAAGCAAAAGAACAACAAAAAAAGACAAGACUGCGCAAAGCACUGGUUUGUUCUGUGUUUAGGUCCAGUAAAGAUAGGACACAACUGUACCUUAUAUUUAUUAUUGAGUCUGCAAAAAAUCCCUGUGUAAAUAUGCACAUGUAAUUUAUUUAUUUGUUUUUCCUACAGUUAGUUAAGUAUUGUCAGAGCCGCAUGCUGAGGCUGCCAAAAAUUUGUGAGAACCCCGGCUCUAGAAAGUGUGAGGAUUUGGUUUUCUAUGUAACCAUUACUUUCCAGUAUUUAUUCACUCUCGCUUGCAUCUCUGUUCUUUGAUAAUAAACGCAUUCCUGUUUUCUGUA